AGCUUCCUGGGGUGGAGUGUUACCGUGCUCGAAGGUGUGUCUGCGCCUGCGCGGGAGCGGUCAAAAUGGCGUCACGCAGCUACCCGGUCUGUUCUCCCGGAUCAGCAAUGGCGCACCCGUCCUCCGUCGUCAGCUCUCCUCCGCUCCCCACUUUUCCACUCUCCGUGACCAGGCCCCAGGCCGUACCUCGCUCCCGAGUUUUGCCUCAGACGCGGCUGUUUUCCCCGGCCCCUUACUCCCGAAGGACUGCGGCCCUGACCCGCUCCGCCCCUCCGCGGGAGGGUCUCCCUGAGCAACGGCCGAAUGUCGGCCGCAGCCAGGAACGCCCGCUGGACCCUGCUGCUGCCGGUGCCCCGAGACCGCGGCCCGAGGCCAGCCCGCCCCAGAAAAAGUUGGCGAGACAGGCUAGCAGCAGCGUGUCGGGGAUGGUGGAAAAUGGCGACACACGUCUGGCCCCAGGCUUCACCCUCCACGACCCUGUUCCAGCACCGGCGAACGCGGCCGCCUUCCGGGGUCUGCCGGGACCAGGUGGCUUCCACAGUCUCCACCGAAUGUCCUUCCGGCAGCGGAACCGCCUCUCCCCGUGCGGCCCGAGCACCUCCCGGACCCCACUCUGCUCCUGGGGACUCGCCCUUCCCACCAGAGCACCGCCAGUACUGGAAGCGGUCAUCUAUCCAAACAUCAUCCCUGUCAAAACGAAAUUGUUCAAUAUGGAAAUAACGCACAUCGUGUUGGCUUUGUCGUCAGCCUUUCACUGUGGUGCACGUGACGUGCCCUCCAUGUACGGAAAACAGCUUGCUGGAACGUUCUCCAUUGGGCAAAACUCAGGCGUGCCACCACAGUGUCCUAUGGUCUCUCUUCACGGGGUCCAGCCUUCCCGGUUGUGA